AUGGGUCAAGAUGAUCUUCCUCCUCAGAAUCACUCAGACAAUUCAAUGUCAGGCUCACUGGAUAAAGAGACUGGCCCUGUUGGGGCUGGCACAGUAGACCAUUUGGAAGUCAUUCGCACUGUUUCACAGGUACCAGGAAAUACACAUUACUAUGAGGCGGAUGGAUUGAGAACAUACGGGGACGAUGAAGAUCAUGAUCACGAACCACCUAUGACCAUACAUCGAUUGAUGUCCUUGGUUGCCAUGGCUUUCUUAUGGACAGGUUCUCAAAUACCAGUAUAUCUUUUCGGUGGUAUCCCACCUUAUAUCUACGGCGACUUGGGAGGAGCAGAUAGAUGGACAUGGUUUGUGUUGUCCAACCUACUCGCUUUGGCAGCAGUGUGUCCGUUCGUAGGAGCUUUGUCGGAUCUGUUUGGCAGGCGAUAUAUUGCUCUCAUCGGAGCGGGAUUGAUCGUCAUUGGAAUGAUCGUUUGCUCCACGGCACAUUCCAUGAACAUCUUCAUUGGUGGUAUGGCUAUUGCUGGCGCCGGCGCUGGUAUAAAUGAGUUAACAGCUCUUGCUGCAACCUCAGAACUUGCUCCAACCGCCAAGCGAGGGAAAUACGUCGCCGUUCUGAUUUUCACUAUUUUACCAUUCACGCCAGCUGUACUCUGGAGUCAAUUGAUCGCAUCACAUUCCAGCUGGAGAUAUGUAGGUCUAUUUUGUGGUCUCUGGGCAUUCAUUGGACUUAUCAUAACCGCCGUAUUUUACUUCCCACCUCCUCGAGUUAAUUCAACCGGCCUCUCACGCAAGGAGAUUAUAUCCCAAAUCGACUUUGUUGGCGGGUUUCUGUCCAUUGCUGGUUUGAUUCUCUUCGUUGCUGGUCUUCUCUGGGGCGGAUAUCAGUACGCCUGGUCGUCUGCACAUGUACUCGUCCCACUCAUUCUCGGCGUUGCAUUCAUAGUCGCUUUUUGUUUCUGGGAAGUUUAUGGUGCCAAAAAUCCCAUGUUCCCCUCUCGUCUCCGAAAAGAACCCCGCAUCUUAGCUCUCACCCUCGUCAUCACCUUCAUCUCAGGUGCAAACUUCUUCUCCGUUCUCCUUUUCUGGCCCACACAAGCUUUCAAUGUCUACGGACAUGAUCCAGUUGGUGUCGGAAUUCGAGGUCUUCCAAUUGGCGUUUCCAUCCUCGUUGGUGCAUGCGUUGUUCUUUGGCUCUUAUCUGUCUUUCGGGGGGGAAUUCGUAUGCUUAUGAUUAUCUCAUCCUGCAUGAUGACCGCAGGAUGCGGCGCCCUUGCCACUGCAAAUCUCAAUAAUAUCAACGCUGUUUACGGUAUUCUCGUAGUAGCAGGUCUGGGAAUUGGCGGCAUCGUCGUUCCCGCCUCAAUCAUCACAACCAUCAUUUGUCCCGACGACCUAAUCGCCACAAUCGCAGCACUUACCCUCGCCAUCCGUGUAGUGGGCGGAGCCAUCGGAUACACAACCUAUUAUAACGUAUUCCUCACCAAAUUUGUCCCCGCACUGUCCGUCAAGAUUGUUCGGGCCUGCUACGCAAACGAUAUCUUCGACUUGGAAAUCAUCAGCGAGAUUGCGGAAUUGACGAGCGCCAGUCUUCUCGACGAUAUUCUCCCCCUGGUCGGUAACAAUAUUACCAUCUGGCACGACGUCGUACGAGCGGGUCAGGAAGCUUAUGCGGGUGCGUAUCCGUGGGUUUACUAUGUUAGUAUUGCUUUUGGAGCCGUUUCCAUCCUGGCGAGUAUUGGCUUGGGCGAUAUUAGUAAAUAUAUGGAUGAUCAUGUGGCUGUUGUUAUGCAUUGA